UCUAACUUUCAGAUGGGACAGAGACUGAGGCAAGGCUGAGGUCUAGGCCGGAUCUGCACUUUUAGGUGGACACGCUGAAGGCCAUGCAGCCCUCUGCCAGGCCUGGGCUGCCUCUGCCCAAAUACUGCAGUGUGGCUACAACCGUGAAAGACCCUGACCUGCAUGGUGCUGCGCCACCCUGGGACCUGCCCUUCACCUGUCCCUUUGCCACGCAAACACCCUGGCUACCCACGCACUGCACAUUCACCAGGUGCACUGCCUGCUGCCCAUGUUUUCACACUGUUGAUAGGCCGUGGCCGGGGCUCAGCUGGCCGGGAAGAGUUGGAGACGCUGGUGGCUCCUGGGUCCUGGCCAGAAAGGAACUGGAUGGCUUUUAUUAUCUGGCCCAGAUAAAGGCUGCCCCAGAGCUGGAGAAGCGGGGGGCCCUGGUUGUGGAAUUUGAGGCUCCCCUUGUCACAGGCCUAACGCUGCCAGCCCAGCAGCGGAGAGUGGUAUUUCCAGAGGAUGUCAUUCAGUUUUCCCCAUCUGUGCCACACUCACUGCAGCUGGGCGACAAGGUGCUGGCACCCUGGGAACCGGAGCAGCAGCGGUAUGGCCCGGGCACUGUUCUUGUGGGCUUAAAGAAGCAAAAAGGACAAACAGCAUCUAACGAAAAAGAAAUCACUGUUCACUUCUGGAAUGGCAAGACAGUGAAGGUGCCUCUCGACAGGGUCAGGUGGGUGACCUCCACGGUCUGGAAGAAGGCUGUGCAAAGACUUCAAACCCCUCACACCAGGGACUGCCACAGUUCUUGUCUCUGGGUACCUCACGGCUCUCAGCUGGGACCCAAUACUGGAUGUACCACACACAGGCAUCCCCUGGACUCUUCCUUUUCAUGCCCUCCCUGCCUCUCCUGUGCCCCCUGCCAGCUUCAGUGUCCGAGCAGCUGCCCUUUGGUGGGGCCUGGCUGGUGGCCUCUAACUAGGACCUCAGAGCGCACAACCGGAAAACUCCCAGAGCCAGAGGUGAAGCCCUCAGCUCAGCUUUUGCCCCUACGAGGUCCUAAAGAGGAGCCAGUAGCAGCGCUCAGCUACAAUAUGUCGUCGUCAUCCUCUUCUGAGGAAGAAAAUUCAGAGAGUCAUCUGGAGAUGGGACUGCCUCAGAGACAGAUGGUGAGCAGAGCAGUCAACACUGACCCCAUCCUUUCUGAGAAGUCUCUGCGGCAGUGCAGCCCUCAUAAGCCUGAGUGGAGGUACUGGAGGAGAAAUGGGCCUGAGCCACCCCCUGGAAAGCCAGGAAGUUAAAGGAUCAUGAGGUAAACAGUUGAAAAGGGGCUACAAAGAGUAGCUGACAAUGGAACAGGAGGAGGCUGAGAGGUGGCGGGCCUAAGAGCAGCUGCUCUCCUGAGACCUGCAGGGGAGCGACAUUCGAAAGAACCUGUUGUGAGGGGCACAGAAGCUGGCAGGCCUGCACUGGAACUCCCUGCCAGUGGCCUGAUGAACUGCUUAGGACGCCUAUUCAUGAAAGGGGCAAGUGUGCCCAUUGCUUUGGGCAAAUGCAUCCCAUUUGUACUGUCUUCUCAUAAAGCCUACAGCUGUACAUGGGAAACAUUGUCUUUCUUUCUUUUUAAUACCAAUAAAAUGAAUUCUUUUUAUCUCCAA